AUGGCCCAACCAGAAGAAGAAACCACGCCCAAGCCCCACAACCAGACGACUACAUCGAGCGACCCGUUCCAGGGCCUCUCGUUCAAAGUGGGAGUAGCAGAAAACAAAAACACCCGCUACCGCAACAAGAUGGAGGAUGUCCACACCUACAUCGCCAAUUUUGCGGAGAGAGUGGACUGGGGAUACUUUGCCAUCUUCGAUGGCCACGCUGGCAAGGACACCGCCAGAUGGUGCGGAAAUAACAUGCAUACGCUCUUGGAAAGAGAAAUUGAUCUUCAGGAAGACCAGCGCAACAGCAACAUGACAGACCAUCUAUACAACUCGUUCGUGAAGGCUGACGAGUUGAUAGGGAAGGAGGGCGCCGGGAACUCUGGCUCAACUGCAGCUGUGGCGGUUCUCCGAUGGGAGACUGAUGACAAGGUCCAAGACAAGGAGGAGAACGGUAGACCAAAAGACUCCAAGUUUGAUUUCACCCCCGGCAACAACCACCGGAGAAUGCUAUACACCUCAAACGUGGGAGACCUGAGAAUAAUCUUGUGCAGAAACGGACAGCCGUUCAGAUUGUCCUACGAUCACAAGGCCACCGAUUCCAACGAAAUCAACCGAAUCAAAGAAACCGGGGGCCUUAUCAUGAAAAAUAGAGUCAAUGGAGUGCUUGCCGUCACAAGAUCAUUGGGAGAUUCCUACAUGAAGGAUUUGGUAAUUGGAAAACCUUUCACCACCUCUACCGAGAUUACAAAAGAUGACGAAUUUAUGAUUUUGGCAUGUGAUGGUGUGUGGGACGUGCUAUCGGAUCUCAAGGCCUGCCAGUUUGUAUCAAGUGUUCUUGCAGCUACUGGCGAGCCACAGACUGCGGCAAAGAAGUUGUGCCAGUUAGCCAUGGAUAACUCUACAACAGACAACGUUACCGUCAUGAUAGUGAAGUUUGAUAAAGGAGUCUUUGAUCAGACAGAGGCUUAG